CCCCCAAUGAUCCAUGGAUCGACUCUGAUCUCAGGAGAUCACUCCUGCAACUGAGGUUCAUCCACAAAUUUUGUACGCCAGGUUGAAAAAACAAUUGAUCAAGUGAAAAAGACAUUGAAAACUCAAGUCCUUUUGAAUCUCAUCACGUGACUGUGUCGCUCUUGCUGGCACGCAAGUGUGUUUUCUGGUGUUGUGCCUCGGAGGGGAUCCAAAGUAUCGCGACGUGCACCAGCAGCAGCCUGUGUCCCACUGAGUGCAUCACAAACGUUUUACAAUCGUCAAAUAAACCAUCAGAAUCCCAUCAACAAUUCGAGGGUAAAAAUUACCCCCGAUAUAGUGAGAGUGAAUUAGUGACAAUGGAUCAGGGCUAACGAGCUCGUGAUAUCAAGGAUUUUAACGUGCACCCGAUUUUCGGUUGUCUUCCAUAUUUUUGGAGACACCUGGACUACUGUGGGCAGUUAUCAAGUGACGUGACACUCUGGCGUUGUCAAUUUGAUCAUCUGGUUAUUGUUGAUACUUCGUUUGUUAUGGCGAUGUGGUGUGAUAGAAGUGGAAGUACACGAAAUGGGGCACGCUGAGGCCCGGAAGGAAUACCGGGUGUCAUCGACGGAGGUAUGGAUGUCAUCGGGGAUGGUGAUGAGCAGACCCUUCAGGCUAUUCUUGGAAGGGGCGAUUUCGUAGGUGGAAUCGACAAUGAAGCUCUGGAUUUUUCUCAGCUCGAGGAUUUCAUUAACAGUGACAGUCCACAUCCAGCCACUUACUUCGCGGACACCUUAGCCCACAACGAGACAACAGCCCCGCCAUCGCAUAAUGGCCGAGUGGAUGUGCAACCCCCUCGGCUGCCAUCGCCCAUCACCCACCAGGUCCAGGGUUGUCCCUCAGGACAAACCCCAGUUCCCACCUCCACCCCUUACAAAGACCAGUCGUACGUCCACCCCCAUGCCCUCCCCGAGAGUCCCCCGGACAGUGGUUCAGAGCCUCCGUACUCCCCUCCUGGACACCACGAGCAACACGUCCACUCGCCCCACCAAAAAUCCACAGUCCAGGACAUUCUGCUUCAUCACCAGAGUAAUGGCUUGAAUUAUCCAUCCUCGAGUCUUCUUCCCCCUUCCCCAAGGACUCUGGCCUCCUCUGGAGAUCCCCUCCUCCUGAGUCAUCCUGUUCUGACUCCCCUUCUGGCACCGGUGACGACUGCCUUAUCCUCCUCAUCAUCAUCCUCGUCGUCCUCCUCCUCAUCGUCAUCAUCCCAAUUGAAUCCUUCGUUACCACUUCCUCAUGAACGCAGUCCCAGUGGCAUCACGACUCUUUAUUCAUCUCUGCAAUCAGCUCCUAAAAAACGAAAACUCAGUCAGGAUAGUUUGAUCCAUGUGAAACAGGAGCCAGAGCUCGGGACAAUCGAGCACAGCUGCUCCAGCAGUGGUGCUGUCCUCGAGAGUGACGAUGUGAACGGUGAUAAUUCGUAUAUCGACUCGAGUUAUCAGUGCAUCAGGUUUCAUCCCUUUCAGCAGACCACCUGGCAUGCACUGUGCGAUCACAAUCUCAAGGAAUUGCCAACACCUCAUUACAGGGUUGAUGCUGACAAGGGAUUCAAUUUUAGUAACUCUGAUGAUGCAUUUGUCUGUCAGAAGAAGAAUCAUUUUCAGAUCACCUGUCAUGCACAGCUACAGGGUGAUGCUGUUUUUGUUAGGACUGGGGAGGGCCUUAAGAAGAUCAGCAGCUUUCAGCUUCAUUUUUAUGGGGUCAAAGUAGAGUCACCCACGCAGACCAUCAGGGUCGAGCAGAGCCAGAGUGACAGGAGCAAGAAACCUUUUCAUCCGGUGGUCACCCCUUUCAGGGUGGAACUGGGUGGCGAGCGUGUCACGAAGGUGACAGUAGGUCGUCUCCAUUUCUCCGAAACGACGAGCAACAACAUGAGGAAGAAGGGCAAGCCAAAUCCAGACCAAAGGUAUUUCCACCUGGUGGUUGGUCUCCACGCUCACACGUCUGAUCAAUCGAGCUAUCAAGUGGUGGCCCAUGCAUCAGAGAGGAUAAUCGUCCGAGCGAGUAAUCCAGGGCAAUUUGAAUCAGAGGGUACAGGGGUGGGAACCGAGGGUGGAUGGCAGCGAGGAGGUGCUCCUGACAGUGUCUACCACGCAGGCCGAGUUGGAAUAAACACAGACAGACCUGACGAGGCACUCGUCGUCCAUGGGAACAUGAAGGUGACAGGUCACAUAGUGCAGCCCAGUGACGCCAGAGCCAAGCAGAAUGUCCAGGAAGUAGACACGAAAGAGCAGCUGCGAAAUGUCCAGCAGUUGAGGGUUGUCAAGUACAGAUAUGUUCCAGAAUUCGCUCUCCACUCUGGCCUGGGGAUCAAAACCUCGGAGGACACUGGUGUCAUCGCCCAGGAGGUCCAGCAGAUUAUACCAGAGGCGGUUCUGCCUGCUGGAGAUAUCGUCCUGCCAAAUGGGCAGAGAAUUGAGAAUUUUCUUGUCGUCAAUAAGGAGAGAAUCUUCAUGGAGAACGUGGGAGCUGUCAAGGAGCUCUGCAAAGUCACUGACAGCCUGGAGACGAGGAUUGAUCAGCUGGAAAGGAUAAACAAACGUCUGGCCAAGCUCAAGAGGGGCGACAGCCUCAAGAGCUCCGUCAGCACAGUCUCCAGUAUAGCAUCUGGCAAGUACUCAUCCAGUGGCAAAAAGAAUUCUGUGUCGAGGAGGAGUGAAAGGGAGGAGGACCUUCUCUGCAGCAACAAGUUCAUCCAGAUUAUCAUUGUUAUUCUGAUUUUAAUUAUGGCGUUUUGUCUCGUGGCCAUGGCGACACUCUACUUCAUGGAGUACCAGAAGAGGAGCUCACUGGAGUGGACUGCAGUUGCUGGUAGUGGAAUUAUGGGAAUUGGUCCAGCUCCAACGCCACCGACAACACCAAAUUACAAUUCCAAAUUUAAUCCUCUGAUUCACAGCACGCCAUCGAGUUAUCUCGGUAAACAGAGUGGUUUCACCAGGAGUGACAAUCAGGCGACAGUCAAGGAUGUGGGUCUGUCGACUCUGCCACCUGAUACCAAAAAGCAAAUUUAUUCGCAGGAGAUAACCUCGUGGUAUCCAUUUGGACACUCUGGAGGACAGGGGAAGCACGAGAAGAGUAACGAGUUUCCCAGCAAUUGGUUAAGCAGGAAUGGCGGUGGAGUUGUUCCCAGUAAUGUCGAUGAGAAUGAUCCUGGUGAGGUGGACAGUGCUGGGAGAAAUCCUGUGCCCCUGGGGAGACCCCCCAGGUGUCCAAUGCAUUACACUACGUUGGGAAAUUCGUGCCAGGUCUACUGCUGCACAGACAUUCAUCCCCUGGAGGAUCCACACCCUGAGCAUCCCCCAGAGAAAAAGCCCUUGGCAGAUCACCUGGAACAUUCAAUCAGUUUAGAGGAGAAGAAGAAGGUGAAUAAGGGGCUGCAGAAUGGCAUCAGUCCAGCUGACUCCAACACCCAGACUCUCGUCAAGGAGACAAACUUCAAAUAUCUUCAUAAGAGGAGUCGGAGGGAGGCUGGAGGUGGCGAAUGGGGAGAAGUGGCGAGUAAUGCAGCGGGUUCUCUCCCCCCAGAGCCAAAACCACAGCUUCAAAUCGUCGCCAAGACAUUCAAUGCAACUCUAGAUCAGAGAUAUUGCUCAGUGGCAUCACCAGGAACUCCAAAUAACAUCAGUUGUGAUGUUCCACUCUCCAAGCACAUGCCUGACACACAUUUGACGCUUCAUUUUCUGGGUAUGCCUUGGUACUGGCAAAUUGUCCAGCUCUGUCCUGUACAGUUGAAUCCUGGAGAGUCCAUGGUCUGCGGCUGGGGCUACACUAAUCAGCAGCACCAGCAAAUCAAGUACACUGAGAAUGCCAAUCAACAUGGAGACCAGUCAUUUCCCCUGGACGUCGCGUUCUACCUGAGGAAAACCCUCAGGUUCCGGGUUCCCACUGUUCAGCCGCAGGAAGACGUCUGCAAAAAUGCACACUCCAGUGAUUACAUCGAAUUCGCUCUCCACUUUCAUCGGGACUGCGAUGGUUGAACUCCGUACUCGGGACUUUCUAUGAUAUUUCCAGAAUGCAGGAUUUCGUUGGAGCCACCACGUGUGAAAAAAAAAUCAGCGAAUAAUUACUACUAUUGAUUUUUUGUCACGUAAUUCCAAGCUCUGAGUAAUUUUUAAAAAAAGGCAACUCUCGAUAUUCGUCAGGAAUCGGAUGUUCCUGAUUCAGUGAUAAAUACAUAAAUGAACAAUUGAGGGGAAUUAUGAGGGGGAAAAUACGUAGAAUACUUUUUUUUUCAUUUUAGCGACUGAGAAUUUUUUUCUCAUGAGAUUUAUCGGAAAAUUGUGAGACAAUUUCAAUCGAUUGAUGAAUGGGGGAUGGGGGGGAUUCAUUACUGAUCUUUUUUUCAAGUGCACAAGACUAUUGUAAUCAUGAUAAUAAUCUACUUAUUCUGAGGUACAUUUGUAUAUUUUUCAUGAAUCGUAUCAUUACUGCAAUUGCUCGGAGAAUUUCAAUUCAUCACAGCUACUCAAAAUUCCUUGUUAGAUAUUUUUUGAUAACUUCCAGUACCUACUCUAGUUAUAUUACAAUUAAGUUUCACUGUUGAAAAUUUUUUUUCUUUUCUACAAUUGGAGAAUCUCUUAUAACGAAAUAGUAUUAAUUUCGGGGUUUGAGUGAUGGAAGAGGGAGUAGUUUUGGCUUUGAUGGAGCAGUUUUUACGAUGGAAUUACCCUAAAUUGAUCAAAUUAAUUAUUAAGUGACUAGAUACACGUGUAAAUACAGCCCAAUGAUAUUCCACUGAGAAAGUAUUGAUUAGUGAUUAAUUAAUGUGAAGGAUAAAUGAUGAAUCGUAGUUUUAUGGAUGAAGAUAAGGGAAAUCAUGAUCACUCUUACGAGAUAUUCAAGAUCUUCGGCUUUGAGCUUUUUUAUUUAUAGUCCCCGAUUAUUCGUACGUCAUUAGUAAGUAAUUAUAACAUUGGAAGGUGCAAUAAUAAUGAAAGAAUCUCGCAACUCGAAUUUUAAUGAUAUCAAUGACAUUGAAUUGAUCAACGAGAAGAUAAAUUUUGUAACGUAAUUUGAGUGUGAUACACUCAUUUCGUCUGGAGAAAGGAAAUUACACUUUAAUGACAAUUGGAAAAAUUCUAGUUAUUCCUAUCGACAGAGAGAAUUGAGAUUUUUUGUUUUUAGAUUUGUUAGUUUAUUUUUCAAAGCAUGACAUGAUGUAUAGAUUUUUUAGAUUACUAGUCCCCUGAAAUGACUCUGGCAGACGUUAAAGCGAUAAUUUCUGUUAUUUUUCUCUUCUCUGGCGCUAAAUGUCUAUUGUUUAAGAUAGAGUGUCAGUGCCUUUGUGGAUUCAAUUGUACAUUUGAGAAUGAAAUUUUAUGUAAAAUGUAUUAUUGUACUGCAUAUUUAUUAAUAUAUCAUUGAAAUUAUAACAUUAUGAUGGUAGAAUAAAGAAUAUUGCUCUGUGAAUGACUUUCUGCUGGGUCUUGAUUAUUUCUUCAAUGAAAAGAAAUUACUCUCAUCUUUUCAGAAAUCUUGGUCUUUUGGAUUAUAAAUUUUUGGGACCAAAGGACCAAUUUGUCAAUUUGUAAAUGUUGUAAUUCACUCUGUGCUGGAUUUUGCUGGGAAGUAACUGAAAAAAUUAUUCAAAAAGAAAAUAAAAAAAUGAAAAGAAGA